GCGCAGUCUGCCUGGCUGGGUACCGGGAGGGAGGAAGGGAGGCAGGGAGAGAAGGCUGGCUGGCUGGCUGGCUGCAACUCCCUCCCUCUGUCAGUUUAGCACCAACGCUUGUGAGGUCGAGGCUAACAGCUUAACAAAUACAGGCAAAGAAGGAUAAAGAAAGACAGACAGAAGGACAGACAAAGAAAGAAGAACAAGAAGGAAGGAAAAGAGACAAGGAAAAAAUAAACAAAGUGAAGGAAGAAGAUAAAAGGAAAGAAAAUAAAAACUAAAAGCAUAAUAUACGUACAUCACUAACAAGAGAAAGAGAAAGAGAAAGAAGAAAUAGAAGGAAACUAAGAUAACAGAAGAAAGAGAGAAAUAUAAAGUGAAACAAGGAACAGAAGAAAAAGAAACGAGAGAGAGAGAGAGAGAGAGAGAGAGAGAGAGAGAGAGAGAGAGAGAGAGAGAGAGAGAGAGAGAGAGAGAGUGAGUGGCAAAACAACAAAAAAAAACGUGUAAAAGUGAGCGAAUGAGUGCGUGAUCGAGAGAGAGAGAGAGAGAGAGAGAGAGAGAGAGAGAGAGAGAGUGAGAGGGAGAGAGACAGAGACAGAGAGACAGAGAGGUGUAGCAGUGGGUGAGAGUGAAGUCAGGCAAGGUGUGGUGCUGUAAACACGGCUUCAGGAUGAGCGUGGCUAGAGUUCUCAGCCCCCUCCGUCUUGCUGCCCCCGAGAAGAAUGGACAAACUAGCGGGCGGACCAGCAUGACGGAGGGUCUAGCCACGCCCCUCCGCUCUGUACUCACCUGCGGGGGCUGCAGCAGGCGCUACGAUGACGCCUCCCACAGACCCAAGUUCCUCUCGUGCUUCCACACCGCUUGUCUCUCCUGCUUGAGGAAGGACUUCAGCGGCGGCAAGGUGAAAUGCCCAAGUUGUACCUGCGUGACUGAGGUGAAGUCCGCAGACAGCCUGCCGGACAACACGCAGCUGUGCACCAUCCUCCUCAACAUGUCCUCCCUCAACCUGCACGAGGCCGGCACCUCCACUCCCGCCCGGGACACCUGCCCAGCCCAUGCCGCCCGCAUUAACUUCUGGUGUGACACGUGCAGGAUGCCACUCUGCCGCGACUGCACCGUGCUGGCACAUCGCGAGGCACACGGACAUAAGGUGCGCGACCACGACCAGGCAGUGGCGGUGCUGCGCGCUGAAGUGCGCUCGUCAGUGGGUGAGGCACGCACGCUUCUGCAGGAGACGCGUCGCCUGCGCCACGACCAGCGCAAGUACCUCCUCCGCCAGCUGGACGCCGCCCGCGCCUACGAGAAGCAACUCAAGUCUGAACUGAAGACGCUGGACAGUGACAAGAAGGAGGAUAGCCGUGGCCUGGAUCGCAUCGAGACCGACUCUGAGCAGGAGACUUCACUCAUCAGCCUGCAGGAGAUGGCGCAGCGGGCGGGGUCUGUGGUGUCGCGCCUCUCCAGGGACCUCGCCACCGCCAAGGCCGUGCUGGCUGACUCCUUCCUCUCCCUGGGCAAGCUGCACCGCUCCCAGGACGAUCUGGACGCCAUCGAUAUCAAGUCCACGGCAAGCGGCAGCGGCGGGGGCUCGUGCGAGGGGUCGCCGGCGCGGAGCAGCGUGGCGGAGGGGGGGGCCAGCCGCUCCAGUACGCCGGAGACACGGUCCCCCGGCAGCCCGGCGAGGGGUUGCGUGGAUCGCCGCAGCCAGAGCCUGGCAGGCCACUACAGCAGCCGUCGGCUGGCUCACAACGGAAGGGCGGGCAAGGUGGCGGCGUUGCGGCCUGCGUUGAGCCUGGAGGCGGCGGCGCCCACCAUCCAGCCUCUGCCGCGUGUGUACCUGGACCUGAGCAUUGAGGGCAUCCAGCAAACAGCGCGGCUAGUGAUUGAACUGCGACCCGAUAUGGCGCCCAGGCUGUGCGAAAACUUUACUCUGCUGUGCACGGGCUCGCGGGGCUUCGGGUACCGUGGCAGUCAAGUGUUCCGCUGCCUGCCGGGUUGGUGGCUGCAGGGCGGCGACUUCCAGAACAACGACGGCGAGGGUGGCAGGGCGGCGUUGGGCGACGAGGAGCUUAUCAGCGCCGAAACCACAGACCUGGAGCCGCGGCCAGGAGCGGUAGAGAUGCUAUGUAUGUCCACCAAUGAGCAGGGACGGCUCAUGGUGGGGUCGCAGUUCUUCAUUCACGUCAAGAAGUACAGUUAUACUCAUGUCUUCGGCUACGUCAUCGAUGGACUCGAUCUCGUGGACAAAAUGACGCAGCUUGGGGACUCGGCGCACGUGUACCGUCCCUCCAAGACCAUCACAAUAGCUGACAGUGGGCUGCUGGCUGCCUAGGACACGAUACCACGCCGUCACCGCUAUCACCGUCGCCGCCACCACCACCACCACCACCACCAAUAAUUUUGUCCCCUCCUCGUCCCCUUUCUUCUUGUCGUCCUCCUCCUCCUCCUCCUUUUCCUCAGUUUCCCUCCUGUUAUAUCGAGACUACCUAAACGUAUUUUCUAGUUCUUCUCUUUUUUAUCAGUCUCUUCUUCCUCCUAUGUUCUUUCUUCCUUAUCCUUCUCUUUUUCCACCUCUCUCUUCCUUCUCUUACUCGUUUCCUUCUUGCGUCAAUAUAAUUU